AUGGCAACCAAAGAGAGAGAAGAUAGCGUCUACAUGGCCAAGCUCGCUGAACAAGCUGAGAGAUACGAAGAGAUGGUCGAGUCAAUGAAGAAGGUCGCUCAAAUGGAUGUUGAAUUGUCUGUUGAGGAACGUAAUUUAUUGUCUGUCGCUUAUAAGAAUGUUAUUGGUGCCCGUCGUGCCUCAUGGAGAAUCAUCUCAUCAAUUGAACAAAAGGAAGAGAGCAAGGGUAACGAAAGCAACGUCACCAAGAUCAAGGAAUACAAAGGAAAGGUCGAGAAGGAACUCUCUGACAUCUGUAACGACAUCCUCAAUGUCCUCGACAAGAACCUGAUCGUAUCUAGCAAGACUGGUGAGUCACGUGUUUUCUACUACAAGAUGAAGGGUGACUACUUCCGUUAUUUGGCCGAGUUUGCCAACGGUCAACCACGUAAGGCCUCCGCCGAGUCAUCAUUGCUCGCCUACAAAUCCGCCAACGAUAUUGCCAUCGUUGAAUUGCCACCAACUCAUCCAAUCCGUUUGGGUCUCGCCCUCAACUUCUCUGUCUUUUACUAUGAAAUUUUGAACUCCCCGGAGAGAGCCUGUAAUUUAGCCAAGAAUGCCUUUGACGAUGCCAUCGCUGAAUUGGACACCCUUUCUGAAGACUCAUACAAAGAUUCCACUUUGAUCAUGCAAUUGUUGCGUGACAAUUUGACCUUAUGGACAUCUGAUAUUCAAGGUAGUGAUAACAAAGGUGAAGAUGAAAACGAAAAGAAAGACGAUUAA